UAAUAUUCUUAUUGAGUUUUGAGUUAUUUUAGUAAAUUAUUUGUAAUGGUCGUUGCAUUUUAAGGUUUAGUUUUCUGGGUACAUUCUAAAAUUUAUGGACUAAGCGCAAAAAAUCUGAUCCAUAUUUGAUUUAAUGCUCAUGUACGGAAUUUACAAUACAAAUAGUUCUUUUUUUAAAAUUCGCAUUAACCGACCGCAGCUAUAAACAAAUUCAUUCUCCUUAGCAACCAAAAUGACUAAAUCAAUACAAUUAGAGGUUGAUCCUACUAUCAUGGAGCAAAAUAUGCGAAUUAUUAAGGAAAAUCCAAUGCAAGAUGAACUUAACAAACUUUUUGCGAAUACUGAUAAUUAUCCUUAUAAAAUCGUUCAACCAACACCAGGUUUUUGUGUAAAGACUUUUACAAAGAACAGCAAAAAGCUUUUUGUUAAUGUAUGCCGCACUGAUGCUAUUCCUUGUCCUAAAGAUAUUACUAAUGAAGAAUUAAUGCAGAUUCUUAGCUCAGACAACCCGUCUAGCUACAGAGUGCCUAUGAGCAUUGGUGAAGGAAGAAUGGAACCAGAUAAAUCUGGAAUCCCUGCUACUGUGUAUGAUGUAGCCAUAAACACAAACUUUUUUUCUAAAAUAGAAAAGGAUGAGGUCUUUCAGACUUUUUUUCUGACAGUAGUAUUUGAGGGGUUACAAGACAAGUACCAAUUUGAAAUAGAUAUGUCUAAGUAUACUAUUCUAAAAAAUAGGAAAUCUAUUGGCAACUUACAGUCACAUAGGAUCCAAAUCCGUGAUGUUAAAUCGUGCGAGGAAAAAGUAAAGCCAUUAAUUGAGGAGAUAAAGAAACCCACAAAAGAAUCUAGAAAAGAAAUAGCUUAUAGGCUUAGGAGGGAACCACCUACUGGGGAAAUUCAGUACCUUUUGGCUGAAUUUAAAAUACCUGCUUCAGUAGACAUGCAAGACCUGAACUUGGAAAUUGGUGAAGAUAGAGUAGUUUUGGAUUCCAAAGGGCUUUUUCAUCCAGUAGAUUUCUUCCUACCCUGUAGUGUUGAUCAAGACAUCAUAGAUGCUCAGUUGAAUAGGAAUAUUAAUAUGUUAUCAGUGAAGAUGCCAGUAAUCCAUUAAUACUUUGAUGUUACUGCUUAUAUAUUAACACUAUUGGUGUUACAUUCCUAAGUUGAAUGUUACCUCUCCUUGUACAUACAUGCAAAGAAAUAAAACAAAUUUACAUUUCAA